AGGAGGCCCCCACCCCCGCUGCAUGACUCCCCGAGGGCAGAUAAGAGCAAGCACUCUAGAAGGAUAUGUUCAGAAGUCUCAUACCCAGCAACCCAUUCAAACCCAUUUCGUGCAGGCGUACGACCGACCUCAAGGACAGAGGUACCAGCAUGGUGGGACACAGGAUGCAUAUCAAGAUAACCAAUAUCCUACGGAACAGAACAGAGUGUACCGAGGACGUCCUUUCAACAGGAGAGGGCAGGGACCGAGAACCACCGCCCCGAAUCAAAAAGACAGGAAAGGGGUAGGUUAUGCUGGGAUACCCCCACCUUCCGGUACAAUAAACAUGAUAUCGGGUGGUGUUCACUCAGGGGGCCAAAGCGCCCGAGCUCGCAAGGCAUAUGCUCGACAGGUGAUGACGGUCAACAAAAAUAGACCAUUGAAACGGCCGUUUGAGGAAGCAGAAUGGGUGAAUACGCCCAUUACAUUCAGCCCGUCAGAUUACAAGCGAGCAGAAGGAGAGCCCGACAUUAUGAUGCCCCAUGCAGAUCCCUUUGUGGCAACAGUUCAUAUAGGCAAUCAUAAUGUCAAUAAGGUGUUUAUUGACACAGGCAGUUCGCCAGAUAUCCUGUAUUGGGGUUGCUUCCAGAAGAUGCAACUAAAUCCGAGCUCGUUGCAGAAGCACGAAGGACCAAUAUACGGUUUUGAUAACCAGCCCGUCCCUGUCGAGGGAGUCAUUACUCUUCCUAUAUACGUGGGCUCAGAACCGCGCUUCAGGAUGGCUUCGGUCACCUUCAUGGUUGUUAAGAUGGAAUCAGCUUUCAAUGCUAUACUAGGAAGAGCCACUUUGUGCGAGCUGAAGGCUGUUAUCUCACAGCCCCACCUCUCCCCUGGAGGAUCUGAAAGUAGUAGACCGACUCAGCCCGGACAGCAGACCAUGAGUAUAUCGGAUAUUGAGCAUAGACCUGAGGGUGUCGAGCAGAAAGCAGAGCCGGUAGAGCCAGUGGAAACCGUUCCUUUAAACCCUGAGGUGCCGGAAAGAACAGUGAAGAUAGGCACUAAGCUCACAGAAGAAGAACGAACAGAGCUUCUGGAGUUCUUGAGGGUCAAUCAAGAUGUGUUCGCGUGGACUACUGAUGAAAUGCCUGGCAUUCCGGCAGAGUUAACAGUCCACAAACUCAGCACAGAUCCUACCAGAAGGCCGGUGGUGCAGAAACGUCGCCUUUUUGGCCCAGAGAAACAAGCCGCCAUAGACGAGGAGAUACAAAAGCUGUUACAGGCAGGUUUCAUUCGAAGAGUGGAGUACUCCGAGUGGGUGUCCAACCCUGUGCUCGUCAAAAAGCCAAAUGGCAAGUGGAGGAUGUGCAUUGACUUCACCAACCUCAAUGAUGCGUGUCCAAAGGACCCUCACCCCUUGCCAAACGUUGAGAAGUUGGUGGAGCGGGCAGCUGGGCACGAACGGAUGAGUUUUCUUGACGCCAGCUCGGGCUAUCACCAGGUUCAGCUGCUGCUGGACGACCAGGAGAAAACAGCUUUCUACGCAGGGGACGCUAUCUACUGUUAUGUCAUGAUGCCAUUUGGCCUCAAAAAUGCUGGAGCAACAUACCAGAAGCUGGUGCAAAUCAUCUUUAAGCUCCAGAUCGGCAAGAACAUAGAAGUAUAUGUAGAUGACAUGAUAGUCACCAGCGUGCGAGCUGAGAAUCACAUUAGCGACCUGGAUGAAACUUUUCAAAAUUUGCGUCGAGCUCAAAUGAAACUGAAUCCCUUGAAAUGCACGUUUGCUGUGGAAUCAGGGAAGUUCCUAGGGUACGUGGUAUCCAAGAAAGGAAUUGAAGUAAAUCCAGAGAAGGUUGAGGCCGUUCAGCAGAUGGAACCGCCAAGGACUGUCAAAGACGUGCAGCGUUUGACAGGCCGUGUUGCUGCGCUGCACAGCGCCCUUACUAUCCAAGCCUGUGGAAGGGGACAGCUUGUAUCUGUAUUUAGGGGUCACAGCAGAGGCGAUUAGCUCGGUUUUACUCAGGGAAGAGAAUAAGAAUCAGAAACCUAU